CAUAUGUCCGAGUUUUAUUGUCUUUUCUUCUCUCCUGUCUCUACGCCGGAUUUAUUAUUAUUCUCAGAAAAAGCACCGAAAAAGCACCCACAAAUUACUGAAAAACUAAUAAAAAACCAUCAAAAAAAUGAUGGACUCGGGGGGGAACACGAACCAGUUCAUUGGUUCGAAAAUCUCGCUUAUCUCAAAGAGCGAGAUUCGUUACGAGGGGAUUUUGUACGCGCUGGAUCUUCAAGAGGCUACGAUUUCGUUGGCCAAGGUGCGCUCAUUUGGGACGGAGGACCGGCCGACCCCGCGCCCCGUCGCGGCGAAGGAUGAAGUUUACGAAUUUAUCAUUUUCCGGGGGUCGGACAUCAAGGGGAUCGAUGUGAUUGAACCACCCAAGGCGGAGCAGCAGGUGGAGGAGGAGGAGGAGGAAGAGUUUGAAGAUCCCGCUAUUGUCGGGCAGUCCGUGGGGUCGAGGGGGCAGGGGCAGCAGCAACAACAACCGGGGGGUCAAAGAGGGGGGCAGCAGCAACAACAACCACAACCACAACAACCAAGACAACAAAAACCUGGUGGUGGGGGUGGUCACGUGAAGGCGCCACAACCACACCCCCCGCAACAGCAACAACAACAACAACCACAUCCCCAUUCACAACCACCACCACAACAGAAAUACGCUGCACCCCCACAACAACAACAACAACACCACCAACCUCAAUACCGGAACUACUCCUCCCGUGGUCGCGGACAACCCCCCCAGAACAACUCUCAACAACCCCCCAAUUAUUACCGCGGCGGCGGUGGUCGCGGCGGAGUUGGGCGCUUUCCGGCCGCGCAGCAGAAACUGCAAUUUGAGUCAGAGUUUGAUUUUGAGAAGGCGAACGAGGAGUUGCAGAGCCAGUUGGCGCAGAUCAAGUUGGUGGAUGAGGAAAAAAAAGAGGCGGAGGCGGAGGGGGAGCGGGGGGACGGCGGGGGGGAGGUCGAGGAAGAGAAAAUCUACUAUCAGAAAGAUAACUUUUUCGAUAACAUUUCAUGCGAGGCGUUGGAAAGGGAAGGGGGCGGGCAGGGGGGUGGCGGAAGACACCCCCGCCCGGACUGGCGCGCGGAGCGGAAACUGAACGCCGAGACCUUUGGAGUAACGAAUUACCGUGGGAACGGUUAUUACCGUGGUUACCGUGGCUACAACCGAGGAUACAAUUCCCGUGGUUACAACAAUAAUCGUGGAGGAGGUGGUUACUAUAAUAAUCGUGGAUAUAAUCGUGGAUACAAUUCCCGUGGUAACAAUAAUACGCGUGGUUAUGGAAACAGCAGAGGCACUUCUCAAGUUGCCGAUUAAUUUCUCAUUUUAGAAAACCAAAUUUAUUUCCAUGGUUUCAAAAAAUUUAUAAAUUUAUAAAAUUACGAGAGAGAGGAAAAAG